AUGAUUAUAGAAUGUGUUUGUUGUAAUGGUCGUAUUGAUUCCAAGAAUCAUCAUCCAUUUCAUGGCAUAACAAUGCGUCUGUUUAUUUCUGCACCAACAAAUAUGUGUUUGCCGGACUCUGGAUCGAUACGUAAUGCAUGUCGAAUGUCUUAUUUAAAGUGGCGUAAUAAUACUGAAUUUGUUAGAGGGUUAAAUCGUCUCAAAGAUGAACCAAACGAAUCUAUAAUCAACAACGACGAUAAAGUAAGAUUAUCUGAUCAUAUUGUUGUCAUUACGUAUCGAUUGCUUCUUUACAAUGAUGAUCAGAAUAGUGAAUGUGUAACAGCAGCGUCAUCAAAUGAUCCGGUUGAUACAAACAUUGUGACUUUACCGUGGAAUAUGACUGUUUCAUCUCAUCAGUAUGUUUUUGAUAAUAAUCGAUAA